GCGAGGCGCGCGCCGCCGCCAGGGGGCUUGAGGCGGCCGGGCCGGGCCGGGCCCCGCGCGGGGAGGAUGCUGAGCCGCUUGCAGGAGCUGCGGAAGGAGGAGGAGACGCUGCUCCGGGUGAAGGCGGCGCUGCACGAUCAGCUCAACCGGCUCAAGGUGGAAGAGCUGGCCCUUCAAUCUAUGAUUAGCUCCAGAGAGAAGAAUGUAAUGGUCUCUCCACCAGGUAACACAGAGGAGACUCAAAAAACCCUUGGGCAGAUGGACAAUGAGACUGCUAUCAAUCAAACUGAAUUACAGCUAAGUAUUCAAGACCAUGAAGAGGAAGAGGAGGAUGAAUCGGACUCCUGAAGGGGGGAAAAAUGGGAGACAACUGGUGUUAUUUAUCCUAGACUCAGGAAAUUUCCCUUUGUUCAAGCAAAACUUCCCAUCAGAUUCUACUUGGUGCUGUACACAGAUAUGAACUACAUAAAUGAAUGAAAAUUACUUUUGGAGGGUUCCAGUGAGGUUAGACUGGUGGCACAGAUGACACAAGCUUGUCAAAAUCUUGUUUUGGAUGUUAAAAGAAUGAAAAGUUGUUGCACAAAUAUGUAGCAUGAUCCCUUUUACAUUUAAAGCCUAAAAUGUAGUUUACUACUUGUUUGUAUAUAGGUGGGAAAAGUUAAUGUAGUUAACUAAACUAAUUUAGUGCAUUAAAAGCAAUAACUAUUCCAACUGUAAUUCCACAAAAGUGGAGAUUAGGAAAUUGCAGUGAUCUAGGUAACGAAAAAUGAUGGCCCGUCCAGAAUUCAUGUAAUGUUAUACUAAUAAGUUAGUGUUGCACUUAGCAGCAGACAAAGCAUUUCCUCUCCUGCUGACUUGCAGAUACUAAAUCGCUGCAGCUGAUUCUUGUAUCAUUCCUUAAAUAGAUAUUAGAAGGCAUAGAAAACCAAACUUGUGUUAUGCUGCUAAAAAUAGAAAAUAAAAGUAAUAUCUUAACUGAGACACCCUUGUCAACCUCUCAUACUAAUACAAUGUUUAUACACUAGAUUUUAAAAAUCUGGUUUAUAAAAUGUGUGUAAAGCAUUCCAGUAUUGAUUAGGAUUAAGCUUUAAAGCUCCUGUUGAUGUCUCCCCUAGCAAUACUAGUCCUGCACAAGAACUUAGUAGAAAACCAAAUAAAUGUCAUUUUACUUAUUUAACAAAUGGGGAAGGGGAAGUUUGCAAUAUGUUCAGUGUCCUAGAUGUGGUUAUAAAACAUGAUCCAACUUCUAGACAGCUCCUGCCCCUGAUUGUAGGAAAAUAUUUGAAGAACGACUGUUGGCUCUUGGUUAAAGCUUAGCUAUGGUUUGUAGUUAUGGAAACUAACUUUUAGAAUGUAGGUAUAACAUCUUCUGUUGCCUGGCUCUGAGUGUAAUUGAAGUUUCAAUCUUGUAUAGGAGAAUGAUUUGCAGGCUUUUCCCCAAACUCAUCAGAGCUGGGGGGAGGCUAGCAGAAUGUUUCUGGGCCAGAUAUGUCCCAACUUUAGGUUAGGAUAUCAAAAUAAACAGAUUGUUUUUGAAAAGUG